GGCAAUAGCCUCCGCUGAUAGGGCAUUCAUUAGCAAAAAGGCAAGAGCAGUGGGGGCCACGGCUGUUCAGACCGUAGAGACAGACCUGAAUCUGGGAGAGAGCUCCUGGCAAAGGCAAGGAGCAGCGAUCUUACCUGGACUUACCAUUUUUCUCUUCUUAACUUUUCCCUGGGACAAAAAGCAGGGUGACUCUUCUCUGCUCUCAGAUGUUUGUCUAAACAAAGCCCUCAUAAUUUUAUUUUUGUGGUGGGAUUCCUAAGCAGACAAGAAGAAAAGGCAUCUUUCCACUGAGCAACCGUCCAGCUCUCACUCUGUUCUGCUCUGGGACACAGCAGCUACAGCCACAGAAAGUAAGCCUGUGAGUCUUUCCAAGCAGCCAGGUCUGCUGGGCUGUUAUUGUGAAACGGGUCUUUGCCUACUCUUCAAAGCCUGGUGAAUUGGUGCUGAUUUCAAAGUUGCCUGGUGGAGGAAGAGAAAGUGGCUCUGCAGACAAAGGGGAGAGGGACAAGCCCCUCUCCUCUGCUCUCUGCCAGGGCAGCAUGGGCAAUGUUAUUAUCCAGAGGCUCCGGGCGUACAUGAGGCCCUGUUUCCCUUGCUUGUUCCAGGAGGCGGACAAGCCAGAGGGGAUUGAGAACCUAGGGAUGUGCUGCUCCCCUGACCAGAAGCCCAAAAGAAGCCAUGGCCACUACUUUGUGGCCCUGUUUGAUUACCAGGCUCGGACUGCAGAGGACCUGAGCUUCUGUGUGGGCGACAAGCUCCAAAUCCUGGACACCUCCCAGGAAGGCUGGUGGUUCGCUAGGCACUUGGAGAAAAAAGGAGAGUCCGGCCAGCAGCUGAAGGGCUAUAUUCCUUCUAACUAUGUGGCGGAGGACAGGAGCCUACAGGCAGAGCCGUGGUUCUUUGGAACAAUCAAGAGAGCAGAUGCAGAAAAACAACUAUUAUAUCCACAAAAUCAGACAGGUGCCUUUCUAAUCAGAGAAAGUGAGAGCCAGAAAGGAGAUUUCUCCCUUUCAGGUUCAAUGGAUCCAAAUGACUUCCUGAGGGAGGCACAGAUAAUGAAGAACCUAAGACAUCCAAAGCUUAUCCAGCUUUAUGCUGUUUGCACUUUAGAAGAUCCAAUUUAUAUUAUUACAGAGUUGAUGAGACAUGGAAGUCUGCAAGAAUAUCUCCAAAAUGACGCUGGAUCAAAAAUCUUUGUGGCUCAGCAGGUAGACAUGGCAGCACAAGUUGCCUCUGGAAUGGCCUAUCUGGAGCUCCAGAACUAUAUACAUAGAGAUCUGGCUGCCAGAAAUGUCCUUGUUGGUGAACACAAUAUCUACAAAGUGGCAGACUUUGGACUUGCAAGAGUUUUUAAGGUAGAUAAUGAAGACAUCUAUGAAUCUAAGCACGAAAUAAAGCUGCCAGUGAAGUGGACUGCGCCUGAAGCUAUUCGUACUAAUAAAUUCAGCAUUAAGUCCGAUGUGUGGUCAUUUGGAAUCCUUCUUUAUGAAAUCAUUACUUAUGGCAAAAUGCCUUAUAGUGGUAUGACAGGUGCUCAGGUAAUCCAGAUGUUGGGUCAAAACUAUAGACUCCCUCAACCACCUAAUUGUCCACUGCAUUUCUAUAACAUCAUGAUGCAAUGCUGGAAUGCAGUUCCUGAGGAACGGCCAACAUUUGAGACACUGCACUGGAUGCUUGAGGACUAUUUUGAGCUAGAAAAUUCAUAUUCAGAUGCAAAUAACUUCGUAAGAUAAACAGUGAAGAAGAGAAUUAAUUAAUGAAGUAGAAUGAAGUUCAGUAAUCAGUCCAGAAACACAACCUUAUUAACCAACUGCAAAAUGAGUUCAUCUUGACACAUUCAAGUGAUAGGGUCAAAUUGGCCAGGUAUUUUUAGAAAAAUUAUGUGUGUGUUUUAUUGACAGGGCAACACUGCAGGGCAAUCUAAGGUGGUCUAUCAUUUUCUCACUGCCUGGCAAAAUCAACCGCACUAACCAAAGUUAUUUUUCUUUUUAAGAGAUACUUACAUUUCUAUUUAUUGUUUGAAAUGCUCAUCAAGAGGAUCAACAAAUGAUAGUCAAUUUUUACUCAGUUACUGUUGUAGCACUUUCCUGUUUACUGAUUAAAGUGGUUAUUCAUUAUUCCUUAGAUCGCUGAAUCCCAUCAGGCUGUUAUUAUGAAGGAAUUUGAUUGCUUUGCUGCACAGCAGGACCUGUGCUUUGAGAUUCUUUUUUUUCUCUUUUAAAAUAUCCUGCAACUACAAUGAUAGUAGAGCCAUGUUAAAUUACUUGAUUGUACUUAGAGUAAUUGAACAUAUUUUUUUCCUAUGCAUAAAAAUAUGAAGCAGCUGUUGAGAAAAAGAAUUAAAAUUUCUCUCAUUUUGUGGAAGGAAAUGAUGGAGUUUUUCUCUACCUCAGUAUGUGUCAUCUGAGAAUCAUCUACAUUAGUUUUAAUCUCUUAAUGUUAAGAAUCAGAUUGCAAAGCUGAUGAGUUAUUAUCUGUGGACAUAUGCAAGAAACAUCUAAUACCCAGCAAGAUCUGAGAAGUAAGGAUCAAAAUGGUUUAGUAAAAUGAGAAGAGAGCAGUAGGAUUGCUAUGGCUUAUAGAUAAUUCUGAAUAAUUAAAAAAAAUGUACUUUUGGCAUUACAGGCCAUAGUUUAGAAUUGACUACAAAACAGGUCAAGCUCAGUUUCAGAUCUUGAGGCUGGGAAGAAUGUCUGACCUUGAUUGUGAAACUGUAUUUUUUGUCUAGUAGAACCAGAGGGUUUUUACUCAUCUUAAAUUUGCAUUAACGUUUGUAAGAAUAUUACCAUCUUUUUAAGCAAUGGAUGUAUCAAAUUUUGUGCCUCAUUAGAUGAUUAGGGAAAGUUCUCAAAGGUAGUUUCAAAAUCAAAUACAUAUGCAAUGAUCUUCUGAUGUAAAACAAUAUGAAUUAAACAGCCCACGAGAAAACAGAACAUUUUGAGUAUAUUCUGUCAAUUCUUUUCAAAAGGAAAGAAGAACAUAUUUAAACAGUUACAGAAACCCCAAUUCAAGUGGACUAAACUCUAAGUCAAUUUGUAGAUUUUCUGACUGGAAGACAGGGGGUAGGAAGGCUCCAGGCACCAAUGCCAUUAGUAGUUCAAUGAUGUCCAAUAAAACUUACAUCCUUUCCAACCCUUCCCUCUGCCACCAGCAUUGUCCUCAUUCUCAUGAUCACAGAAAACUGCCAUUAGCAACUGGGACUCCCGUCCCCUCCCCUUCAUUUGAUAAGAGAAAAUGGGAAGACGCUAUCUCCACAUUUUUCAUCUUGCAUAAAAAUCAUUCUUUUUUUCUGUUUCUACAAAUUGGGGUCACAUACCCAGCCCUGUACCAAUAAGAGAGUUAAUGUGAAUAUUAUGUGCUGAUUGACUUAGGAUGAGUUCUGCCACUGAAGCUGGCAAUGUAGUCACCUUUCUUGGAGACAGUGGGAGGUUGGAUUAUCUAAUAAAAUGAAAGAAGAUUAGAUGCCGGAUAGGUGUCUGCUAAGGAGGACAAUCCCCUGAGAUGUGGUAGCUGUACUAUACAUAUUUAUAGUAAGUAGGUGUAUACAUAUUCGCUCAAACUUUUCUGAAACUAAAAUGGGUCAUGUGGCACUAAUGCUUGUAGAGCCCCUUGAUUCCUUUAUGAACAGAAAAUAUUUGUAAAAUAAGGUAAACGCUAACCUUUGUAAGCAGUUGACUAUG